CCGGAAGUAUUGAUGUCCGAGCCUUCCAGGGAGGCAUGCAUGGUGUUUCUGCAUGAUGUCUGCCCACAGCAGCAAACUUAUUCGCCUCCGCGUGCUGUUUGACUACCCACCGCCCGCCUGCGCGGGCUGCCGCAUGUGCUGGCUGCUCGUGGACCUGAACACGUGCCGGGUGGUGGCGGACCUGGAGAGCAUCAUCAGAGAGCGCUUCGAGUUCAGCCGCAGCAGCAUCCUGAGUCUGUUCAUAGAGGACUGCUACCUGCCGCACACCGAGAGCAUCUACGUGGUGCGGGACAGCGACAGCAUCAGGGUGAAGGUGGAAUGUCUUCCUCAGCUGAACGGACACAGCAGCUGUCCAGAGACGCCGAACGGAAACUGGAGAAAGAGGCGAAGGGACACAGCAGAGGAUGGACCUGGAGACGGAGCAGGCUCAGCGCACAAGAAGAAGAAGAAGACAAAGAAGCUGGAGGACGGCACAACGGAAGGGACAAACUUAGCCAAGGUCGACGGCAGGAAUAAAACAUCAGAAACAAAGAAGGCCUUGAAGAAGAAGAAGAAGACGAGGCUAUCUGUGGCUAGCAGCCAUGCUGCUGCCCCUAAAGCUUCUGCUGCUCCUCACAAACCAUCAGCCCCUAAAAAGAUGGCCGCCGUUAAAACCAGCAAAGCAAAAGCUCCUUCAUCAGAUUCCAGCAGCAGCGAUGAAGAAACGAUCCGUCAGCAAAAACCCACCGCUGCUCCUAAAGGACCCCCGAAACUCAAAAACCCUCAGCCUUCCUCCUCAUCAUCAUCCUCCUCAGAAACAGACUCCCCCUCAGCUGUGGCCCCCAGCAGCUCAGGCCCUAAAGCUCCUCCUGUGGCCCCUCAGUCAGCAGACGGAGCCUCCAGCAACAGGGAGCCUCCUCGCAGCGCGGCGCCAGAGCCCCACGUCCAGGACGACGAAGAGGAGGAGAUCCAGCUGGUCAUCCGCCGGCCGCAGCAGCCGUUCCUCAACAUUCCCAGGAGGGGCCCCGGCAGGGGGGCCCGGGACGGUCCUGGAGCAGAGCGCCCCGGGUGGAGAGGUCAGAGAGAUGCACAGAGCUGCACCAACGGAACGACGACGCCUUCUGUCCAGAAGGACGUUCUGACCAACAAGUCUGUGGUUUUUCAGAAUGAAGCAGAACAGGCUCCUCUGAAGGACUACAGCUCCAUGCCGCUGUUAGCUGCGCCUCCUCAGGUGGGCCAGAAGAUCGCCUUUAAGCUGCUGGAGCUAACUGAGAACUACACCCCAGAAGUAUCAGAGUAUAAGGAGGGAAAGAUUGUGAACUUUGACCCGACGUCCAAACAGAUUGAACUUGAGCUGCUGAAUGCAUCACCAGCAGCUCCUUCUGAACCUGGAAAGUUUGACCUGGUCUAUCAGAAUCCAGACGGCUCAGAGAGAGUGGAGUACGCCGUGCAGAGAGGAUCUACGGUGAUGGAACGAUGGGAUUCUCUGCUGGAGCCCAGACUGAUCAUUGAAACAUAGAAAACAAGCGUAUUUUCUGUCUUAGAUGACAUAAAGGACAUUUUAUUAAAGUUUGAUGUAUUUUGGGACCUGUUCUUUUUUAGAAAUGGGAUUUUAUUCUCUUUAUUAUGAUGUUCUAAUAAAAUGUUGCUGCUAAAAUCUUG